AUGGGCGCUUCAGGUAGAGAGGCAGCGGCCAAGCUGGCAAAGACGCUGAACACGGCAGCCAAGUACUCCAUUGCGCUGGGCGUACUGGGAAGCCUCCUGCAGACGUCGCUGUAUACUGUGGAAGGCGGUCAUCGCGCCGUUAUCUUCAACCGCUUUACCGGAGUUGAACAGCGUGUCGUUGGUGAAGGCACACAUCUGCGCAUUCCCUGGGUUCAGAAACCCAUUAUCUAUGACGUGCGCACACGUCCGCGCACGAUCACUUCCGUAACAGGUACGAAAGAUCUUCAGAUGGUGAACCUAACGCUCCGAGUUCUCAGCAAGCCAGAUAAACAGCAGCUUCCACGGAUAUACUCGAGGCUAGGUGUGGACUAUGAUGAGCGGGUGCUGCCCUCCAUUGGCAACGAGGUUCUCAAGGCGAUCGUUGCACAGUACAACGCCGAGCAGUUGCUGACGCAGCGGGAGAAAGUUAGUCGUCAGAUUCGCGAGACACUCACGGCACGAGCGAAAUCCUUUGACAUUGAGCUCGACGACGUAUCUAUGACACAUCUGACGUUUGGACGCGAGUUUGCGCAGGCAAUUGAGCAAAAACAGGUUGCACAGCAGGAAGCUGAACGCAGUCGAUACAUCGUCGCCAUCGCUGAACAAGAGCGGCAAGCUGCCAUCACUCGUGCCGAGGGCGAGUCCGAGGCCGCGGCCCUUGUUAGUCAAGCGCUACAAGAGAGUGGUGCCGGUUUUAUUCAGCUGAGACGCAUUGAAGCUGCACGGGAAAUCGCGGAAACACUUUCAAAGGCACCAAACGUCGUGUACUUACCGGCGACACAUGGAACAAAUAUCCUUCUGAACCCAGGAAUAUAA